AUGCAACCAAACCACCAUCCCUAUGGGCAACAUGCCAUGCCCAUCCAGACUCCUCAGAGGCGGCACGAGGGCCCAUAUGCAGCCAUGCCGCUGCCCAUGAGGCAGCACCACCAGUAUCAGCCAUACUAUCAACAACACAUGGCUCCUAUGAUGCCUCAAUAUCCGCAGCAAUACCAGCCCAACUGGUAUGGAUAUCAACAACCACAUAUGCACCCUAUGCAUGCCCGACCGCCAUAUUAUCCCCAGCAUAGCAUGCCUCCGCCUCCAUAUCCCGCAGCGGUUCCUCCUCCCGCUCCCCAUCACGGCCCUUUAGUGGUAUCGUCGCCGCAGCACGUUCCGCCUCCUCCUCGGCAAAGCCAGGGCGUCCCGCCUGUGCCGCAACAGACCAUCCCGACCGCUCCCUCGAUCACCUCCAACCCGGUUCAUACGCCGCCUUCUCCACCAUUGAGCACCUCGAGCACUGUGAACACAAGAAAAGAGACGAUAUCUCCUGCUGUCUCACCUGCCCCGCAACGGGUUCAAAGCCCGUCCAUUGACGCACCUCGAGAACCGUUUCAGCCACCUGUGCCUUGGCUGUCAGUCGAAGGGGAGCCAUUUCCCCCGCGAGCUCCGCGACGAAGACGUCGCAUUUUCCGGUCGCUUCUUGCAUCGGAACCAGUUGUAUACCCUGUGGUGGAACAGCCACCUUCACCACUUCCUGAAGCAGGGGCACUACAAGAUCAACAAGAGGCCGUACCACAGGAAGUGAACGCAGAUACUUCCACGGAACAAACUUUCGCACAAGCUUCCCAAGCCUCGACUCCUUUGCCUUCGGAUGCCCCUUCCGAUGCUGCUUCUACUCAGCCGACUACCCCUUCAUCUGCGGCUCCUGCGUCCCUUUCGAAGACACCGACCCAACCCAAAGCUCGACCCCUAGGCCCUGUUAUACCAGCCGUUCCUAUCCUGCCUCCUAGCCCUUCUGCGAUCCGCUCUGCUCACCGUGACUCAGUCGUGUCCACACAAACAAGGCUAUCUGACACCGCGCGGUCAUCCGUAGAAGUCACCGAGCCUAAGCCGACUUCUUCUGAAGCGCAAGUGACCAAGCAGGGCUCCGAGGUCACCGUUCCAAACGUCUCUCCUUCCACACCGAAGUCUUGGGCAAAUCUUUUCAAAUCUAAUGACCCGAAAGCCGGGUCGUCUGCCACGAUACCCUCUCAGGCAGCGUCAUCCGUUUCUGGAACAGCGAAGAGCGAGACCUUGUCCGACGUGCUCAAUGACAUGAACGCCGUCGUCGAGGCACCAACCACUGUCUCUUUCCUGAAACCACGUGGUCUCGUCAAUACUGGCAAUAUGUGCUAUAUGAAUUCUAUAUUGCAAGUUCUUGUGUUCUGUCUGCCUUUCUACGAGUUUAUCGCCAAAGUCGCCGACAGAGCGCCACAUACCUUCAAGAGCGACACGCCUUUGAUUGAUGCGAUCAUCAUGUUUGUCCGAGAGUAUCCGAUCAUUUGCUCCGCCAACUCUGUCGACCAGCUUCGCCUGCGCUUGAAACCAGAAGACUACGAGAAUUUCGGCGAUAGUCUCAUUCCGGAGUAUGUCUAUGCGGCGAUCAAAGAUUUGCCGCGGUUCCGCGAAAUGCGAAGGGGCCAUCAACAGGAUGCUCAAGAGUUCCUCGGCUUCCUCCUGGAAGAAUUACACGAGGAGUGUGCUCGCGCCAUGAGGUCUAUUACGGCCCCGAGCUCCGGCAGGACAACGCCUGUGGGUAGCGUCUCGAACGCAUCUGAGCACGCUGAUGCUGAAGGUGGCUGGAUGGAAGUUGGUCACAAGCAGAAAGCCGCUGUGACCCGAUCGUCUGGAAUGCUUGCUGCUGAGUCUCCUGUGACCAAUAUUUUUGGCGGCAAGCUUCGAUCAGAGCUCAAGGUCUCAGGCAACAAGUUAUCCGUGACUCUAGAGCCAUACUCACCACUUCAACUUGACAUCGGCUCUCCUCAAAUCAACAACAUCAUUGACGCCCUGAAAGGACUGACACGACCAGAGAGCAUGCAAGGCGAUUUCCAUACUCCAAGGGGUGUCAAGGCCACCGCAACCAAGCAAGUCUUUAUUGAGACUUUGCCUCCUGUUUUGAUCCUGCACUUGAAACGAUUCCACUAUGACAACACUACAAAACGUGCUGAAAAGAUCUGGAAGCGUGUGGGCUACCCGCUAGAGUUAGAAAUCCCUAAGGAAGUCUUCCCCCUGCAGGUACGGAACAAGUUCACAGCUCAUGGCGGACUGCCCAAAUAUCGUCUCACCGGAGUCAUCUAUCACCACGGCAAAAAUGCCAACGGCGGACAUUACACUGUUGACAUCCGCCGGCAAGAUGGUCGCGAAUGGAUUCGAAUGGAUGAUACCUUGCUUCGCCGCAUCAGAGCUGAAGAUGUCGCCGAAGGUGGUAGCGAAGAAGAUCCGAAAGUGCUGGCCGCAGCACUCGAGCGACACAAAGCUACCGGCAACCGAUUUGACCAGUUCGAGCAGGAGGAGGAGGAAGCCGAAGCGUCGGACAAAGCGUGGAGCCAAGUCAACGGCCAUUCAAGAUCCAAGUCUACACUGAGCGCAGCCGUCAACGGAACUGCCACCCCCAAAGACUCCUCUGGGAAAGAGACGCCGAACGCCAAAUAUGCCGUCAAAGACAACAAGGUUGCCUAUCUGCUGUUCUAUCAGCGGAUACAAUAG